AUGCGAGUAGUGUUGCUGCUGAUUGUAGCUGGGCUGGUGGACCUCAGCUUUCCCCAGAACUCCGGCUCCUUCCAUUGGCUGUCGUACCUGCGUGGCCGCAGGCGCCACCCUGACACCCUGUGGAUGGACCGCGUGGGUGAGGACUGCCCACUGGAGUGUGACUGCCCCUCCGCUUACCCAACAGCCAUGUAUUGUCACAGCCGUAACCUGCAGCAUGUUCCUUAUGUCCCCUCCCGCAUGAAGUAUGUCUACCUGCAACGCAACCAGAUCACAGGCAUCCAGGAGGGGGUGUUUGACAACGCCACUAACCUGGUCUGGGUCAUGCUCCACCAGAACCAGCUCAGCUCUGACAAACUGGGUCCGAAUGUUUUCAGCAAGCUUAAAAAUCUGGACCGACUCUACCUGAAUCACAACCAGCUGACUCGCUUUCCCCUGAACCUGCCCAAGUCUAUCAAAGAUCUCAGGAUAAACCACAAUAAGAUAUCAAAGAUUCUGGCUAGCUCUUUUGAGGGGAUGACUAACUUAACCAAACUCCAUCUGCAUGCCAAUGCACUUGAGGAGGUUGGGGGAGCUUUCAAGGGGCUUAAGUCUUUGAACAUACUGGACAUCAGGAAAAACCAACUAAAGAAAAUUCCAGGGAAUCUCCCAGAAAUGCUGCAUCAACUCUACCUGGAGUAUAAUAAUAUUGAGAGUGUGCCGGAAAACUUCCUCACUAGUUAUCCUAUGCUGCAGUUUCUAAGGUUAGCUCAUAACAAGUUGACAGAUGGAGGGAUUCCCCGCAACACCUUCAAUGUCAGUACUCUGGUGGAACUGGACCUGUCCCACAACAAGCUGGAGAGGAUCCCUAUUGUCAGUAGAAGUCUUGAAAACCUCUAUCUACAGGCUAAUCAAAUCAAAGAGUUCUCUCUGGUUAGUUUCUGUGCUAAGGUGGACAUGGCAAACUACUCCAAGUUGAAGGUGCUGCGUUUGGAUGCCAAUCAGAUUAAUCCCAAAGAUGUGCCAUCUGAAGCUGCCUACUGUCUACGCCUGGUUGCCUACAUCGAUGUUUAGCUCCUUUAUUUUUGUACAUUUUAUUCUGUUUUUGAAUAACCUAUCCUGAAUCUCGUUAACUUGUAAGCCUCUGUUACUAGUUAUUACAAGAAUCCCAUCUGUUUCUCUUCAAAUAGAGCCUAACGUGUUUUGUAAGUCAUCAUGGCUUAGCUCCAUGUCUUAAAUUGAUGAUGAAUGUUUAGUAAAAUCACCAUAUUUUCUAAGUGUAUUUUAUUCCUUCUGAGGGUACACAACUAAUGGGUUACACUUCUAA